AUGUACUUGCCCUCACCUGGUAGACAUCAUGUUUUCCUUCCGGUUCACACCUCGCUGUUUGCUGGCGCUGCACACCAGCCGCUUACUAAUGCGCUCUUGAAUGAUGCGCUUAACGACGCACUAAUCGCUGAUCGAUCCUUCUUGUGUCGCCAUGUACCUGGGGAUCAGAAAGGGGAAAUUAAAGAGGGUAAGCCCCGCUCCCUCAGAUUCACUUGGAAUAUGAGAACCACCAGCUCCAUGGAGCCCUGCGACAUCAUGAGGGAGAUCCGCAAGGUGCUCGACGCCAACAACUGCGACUACGAACAGCAAGAGAGUUUCCUGCUCCUCUGCGUCCAUGGCGACGGGCGGGCCGAGAACCUGGUCCAGUGGGAGAUGGAGGUCUGCAAGCUACCCCGUCUCUCCCUGAACAGCGUCCGCUUCAAAAGGAUAUCCGGGUCGUCCAUCGCUUUCAAGAACAUUGCUUCCAAAAUAGCCAAAGACUUAAAACUAUGAACAAAAGGACUUAAAAGAUAAGUUUAAAAAAAUCUAAAUCAAAUCUAUAUUCAGAGUUAUUUAAGCUGUACAAUCAUCCAAGUAGCAGUUUCCAAAUGUCUCCUUUUUGUCCCCUGGGGCAACCGGGUUCCCGCGGGCACCGUGUUGGUGACCCCUGUUUUGGAUCAAUAAAGUAUUUUUGAAUUGAA